AUGACCAAAGUCCAAAUCCCAGCAGGCAAGACCUGGUUCGACGUCCAGACACGGCACUUUGCAGACGUUCCCGUCUCUGCAGAGCAAGAAGUGUCGACCGCGGAGUUUCUCGAAGCGACCGAAUCUACAACGACCAUCUUCGACCUGCUGGGCUCUGCGAUAUUCACACCCAUGAAACAAGACAUGUUGUUCAACGUGAACCGGGUGCGGGAGCGACAGAAGCUUGCUCCCGAAGUCUCGUCCACACUCCAAGGCCUGGUCAAGGACGAACUGACGGCAAAAGCCCACAACGCCGCCGACGGACUGACUUGGCUGGUUCGCGGACUCGACUUCAUGGUCCAGGCGUUCAAGGCCGACAUGACGGCCAACAAGGGUGUCGCGGCGUCGGAUCGAUACCCGAAGAAAGAAGUCGGCGAUCUCUUUCGAGAGAGUUACAAACUCACCCUGGCUCCAUAUCACAGUGUUGUGAUCCGACCGAUCUUCAGAGCAGCGAUGGUUGCCGCACCUCGUCGCAAGGACUUUUAUAUCCGGCUGAGUGGGCAGGGCACAGAUUUGGAACUUACACGGGAGGGCUUGGAGAAAUGGACCGCUGCACUGGAGCCAAUCGUGGCUAUUCUACAGGCGUUUCUCGCCAGUCAAGAGAUCAAGCGGUGA